AUGUUUACCAGAGGUGCUGUUUCAGCCAUGUCUCUUUUUCGAGGAUCAGAGUCAAGGAUGUUCCUUGCUCCACUGAGAAGUAUUUCAGCUUUGAGCAACAGAGCGUCUCUGCUUCGUCCAAGGUUACGUGUUGGGAGUCGAUCGCUGAGUAGUCAAGAAGCUACAUCAGGUAAAACUAUUUUCAUUAAGUUUUUUAAGUUAGUAAAGCCUGUUAGUUUUGAGCGAUGUUUCUUAUCGCUUCAGGCUUCCAUUAAAUUACUCGUAAAAUUAGCGUGAUGAUCUGUUUACAUAAAGUGAAAAGUUCUUCAUGUAAGCUGUCGUACAUUUGCCAGAUAACCAUUUGAAAGACACAGAACAUUAAUGAUCUAUGUAUAGCAAUUAUUUUUCUCUUUUACUUCCUCUUGUGUGUCUCAUGCCUUCCCACUCACUCCACGUGUUGUACAGGAUGAUGGUAUGUUGAACUCCUCUUCCAGGGGGUAAGACAGGGCGACUCAGAACCUCCUGCUUCCCAUACCCUGCCCUUCUAACCUUUGUCUUCCAACUUUGGCCCUUUGAUGUCUGACAGGAAUGUAUAACUUAAAGUAGUAGUAACAUUUUAUUUAUGAACCAAAUUUUGUACAGUUUUCUCUAUUUACCGGUAACUAAUGACUGAAGUACACAUGUAGACAAAAAAUAAAUGUAUCAACAACAGAUAAAUUUGAACUUUAACAAUAUUAUUAUUCUCAACCAGCCGUGUUUUAGAACUGGUUGCAAUUUCCAAAGUCACAAAUGAGGAUACAUGUAGUUACAUUCAUUUUAAUUUCUUUAGUACAAAACUGUUUUCAUCUACCAUAGAGGCGGAAGUACAGGCAAUGUUCUACACUGGACUUGAUAUAGUUUUCUGUAUUUUGUUUUAGGAUCUCAAGUGCCUACUAUGCAUAAUGUAACAACCGUGGACAGAAUCAGCCUCAUCUUAACAAGAACUAUGAAACCACCAAUACCAUCUGAAAUUCCGUAAGUCUGAUUUAAGUUUACUGGACAGGGCUGUGCUUUAGCAGCAACCUGAGUGCCCUGGUGUCUGACUUUUGCUAUGAGUAACUAGGAAAUCUGAGUCAGUUUUUGCAUGUAAAUAAUAUGCUGGGCACCCUGGAUUUCAGGUUCAGAGCAUUUGAAUCCCUAGAAUUUUUCUUAGAGCACAGCCUCGCUGGAAUAUCAAUACCCAUAUUCUGAAUACUGUUCUUGCUGCAUUUCUUUUGUGAAGAUUCUGUUGGACAUGAAAAUUAUUCUGUAAAACUACUUUGUUGAUGAUGCAUCAUUUUUUUAAUAAAGAAACUGAAUCUGGAUUUAUGGGAUAUUGCAUAUGAUUUUAAAAGAUCAAUAAUAACAAAUCAUAUCCAAUUAUUGUGCAAAAUCACACCAUUGGCUAACAUCAGAAGCCCUGGAUAGUUAAAAACAUGGGAACAGGGCUCAAAAUAAUGGCCGGUCAAUGGACAAUGUCCGGCCUGAUCGUGGACUUGACUGGUCAAACUCUCGUCUUGCCAGUCAUUUUUGGAUGCGAACAUUUUAUAAUAUUUUCCAUAUAGUUGUUGCUUAAUGCGUUUUGCUCUAUAACAUUGUUUGUCCAGGCUAAAAAGUAUUUGGCCCGUCAUCAUGACCGGCGACCUGCUGUACGUUAUUUUGAGCCCUGGGGAAAGAAACCAAAUGGCAAGGAAUUAGAUGAACAAAAACGAAAUUAACCAGGACGUUACAUGUCGAUAGAAAUGGAUCAUUGGAAAGCUAGUCGACAAGUUGACAGUGCUCAAUAUUUGUCAAUAAUUAUUGUCUAUUGAUUAGUUAAAUGUUUUGAUAAAAGUCGAUAAUUACAAUGUUCUCAGGACAGGUAAUCAAUUUUGAUAGACUUUUGAAACUUUUCAAAGAAUAUCUGUUGUGGAUUUACACAAACUUUAUGCAAAUGCUGCGUGCGGAGAAGGAUUUGGAUGUCGGAAUUCUUCAAACACAAAUGGAUGCUACUCGUUUCAAACGGAUAAAAAACCAUUCAGAUAGAGGAGUUCUCGCUCAUAGUUGCAUCAUGGGUAAUCAGGGCAAGGUGGCGGGAAAUUCAAAGAUUUGUUUUGGAAUUCAAAGCUAGCUAAUUCUUCCUAAAUUCAUAUAUUAGCCACAUUGUUCUCUUUGAAAACAGUAACUUACAAGUUCAAAGAAAUGAUAAACUAAAUCUGGAGUGCAAAGAUGUCCGUGAUCAGUUUUUAGAAAACCUUGAUUUCUCCUUACAUUUUCUGUGAUUCGACAUUAUCAAAAUUACAGGAGCAUGAACUUCUCUAUGAAUGUUGCAAAUGCUCAACUAGACUGUCAAGAAAGUCCUUCAUUCAGUUUAAUAAUGGUGCAAAACUUUUUGAACCGAUGUUAAUAGUUUUCUAACAGAUAUUGAAACUGGUGCUUCUGAUCCUUUUUAUCUACCAAUAGUUUGCAGAAAAAAUUAAACUCCAACACCAGUUUUGAUAGAAAUCAAUCAUCACACACAAUUUUAUGAUCAACUUUUAUCAAUUUCACAGGGUGCAAAGAAAAUCAUUUUUAAAACUUGCCAUUUGGGCAAGCUGAAGCUAGCAUUUACUAGCCCAGGCGUCAUUUCAACUAGCCCCAAAAACUUUUUGACUAGCAGAAUUGAUUUCACAGUUCUUGAUGUUAUUCAAAUUUCUCAAAAGACAUCACUUGCCCGUUGGGCAAGUUAAAAACAGAAUUCUCUAGUCCGAUAGCAAAAUCCACUAGCCCUGGGCUAUCGUACACUACUUUCUUUGCACGCUGAUUUCAGAUAUCCGUCCAUUGAUUAUUGUCGAAAUUAUCAACUUGUAAUGUCCUAAAUUAAUGGGCCUUUGAGUAAUGGGCUCCCUCUAUUACUUAUUUUAACAGCUUAUGACUGAAUUCAAGUCUCUUUUAUCUUUUUCUUUGAACAGAGUGACAACAAUGGAACUUGCAAACAGUCGUCGGCGUAUAGUCGUGAAUGCCACAAUGGGAUUCCUGUUUCUAUUUGGUUCUGUCGCAAUUAUUCAAGAAUACAGUAAGCGUCGCAAGGAGCAUACAUUGGUGUCACUUCAUGACAGAAAUGUACAAAGAUAUGAAAAGCUGAAGGAGGAGGAAGCUGCCACUGAGACUGGAAAUGAAAAGUAGUUGAAAAGUGAUUUAUUACUUUCAAAUAAUAAUUUAUUUUUAACUCUAGGUUUUAGCAAACUACAGAAAUGACUGUUUGAAGCCUAGCUUUAACUAUUAUAAACUAUGUACUUUAAAAAGUUUAAUAAAAUUCUACUAGUUUAGUAUCUCAAAGUAUGAUCUGAUUGGCUAACAUACUUGCUAUCUAUCAGCUCAUGGAUGGCAAGUAGAUCAAGCCAAUCAGAUAACUGGAAACUUUUCAAAUAGCUGUUUUCCUGCUAGCUGUGGUUGUUCAAGCUGUUCUUUCUCUCAGCACUUCUUGAUUGAAAAGAAGGACAGAACUCUAGUCUGAAAUGCUCUGGAUGAAAACACAAACACAAAGAAAACUUUGUUCAUUGUCAAGUCC